GUUUUCAUAUCUGGCAGCAACGUCAUCAUCAUUUUCUGUGUGAUCUCGCUCUGUGUGCGGUGACCCCGUUGCCAUGGUGAGGGACGCUCAAACAAACGUCAUCAUCCUGCGUGGGUGAAAUUAAUCCCCGUCUCAACAAUACCAUCGAGCUUUUCAAUGUGCGAGGGACCUUCAUCAAUAUGUGGACCGAUACCCCCAGACCCAUCACUUAUUCGUCAGUACUACAAAAGACCUGCUUCAGCGAAAGGUCGCAUAGAGGGAAACAGACACGGGACCUUAGCCCUGCUCUCAGGGCCCCUGGCACCAGAUGCUGUUCUGCACCCUGACUACUAUAACGGUCACAUCUCCCCACGUCGCCCACGCAUCGGCCCCGAUGCCUCCCAUAUUCUGGAACGAGGACAGAGAGGCGUCAUACGGGAAUUACUUCAACUAGAUAGCUUUCCCGCCACGGAGAUUAUUAAACUAAAACCAGAGUGGGACUUUCGCAAAGAGAAUGUCCGUCGGAUUCGGGAAAUCCAGAGGCGUUCCAAAGAGCUGGAAGCUCAGAAAGCUCGUUCCACUCCGGUCAAAGCCCUUUGGACUUCAUCCAAAUACCAACAUGUACCAUCCAAAUUCAUGACACAUCUAAAGGUUACCAAUCCAGCUGUCAAACCACAGUGUCAAAACUUUCUAAAGAGUCACUCUAACAAUAAAUGUAAGACACCGCCAAGACCACGCUCAACGCCGCCUGCUGUCAGCUUGCAUCUCUCCAACUCCUGCUCACCUAUGCAGGAUGACAGUUUGCAAUUACAGGUUAAAGGCCAGAGCAUAGACUUCAUCAAGUAUAAUGUGAAAGCAGCAGGAAAGACUAUGCAAAGAUCCCAAUCGAUGACAAACCUCCGAGACAAACCAGUGCCCACCGCCGUCAAAGGCCAGGUGCCUUACUACUUAGAGCAGAGGAAGAAGCAGUGGCGUAAAGAGGAGGAGCAGAAGAGGAAGAAAGUACCUGAUCCUUCCAUACCACCACAUCACACCUUAAUGGCUGACAGCGAGAGGCUGGAAACUCUAAAGUCCCUCAAAGAGAGCCACCGCACCCUGGUGACAGAGUUGCUACUGCUGCCUCUCAAAGCUGACAAUCUGAGUUUCCGCUCACGCCGAGCUCAUCUUGAUAGAAGACUUUCUGAGAUCGAAGAAGCCAUUAAAAUAUUUUCCAGGGAUAAGGUUUAUGUAAAAAUAAAUUCUUAACACAUAAAGAGGAAAAGAAGGAACAUCCCCACCUGUUGGAAUAUAAUUGUUUAAUGAACUUUGUUACAUUAUCGUUACAUUAUGCAAUAGGACCAAAUGUUAAUGUUUAGAAUGUAGUAAUCCACAUUGUUAGAGAAAAGUGCUCAAAAUAAGAUUGUGUAAAAAUAUUAUUUUAUAUAUAUAUAUAUCUCCAUGCAUUUAUAAUAGGACAAGUCUCUGUAAACAACAAUAGGCCAACUUAUUUUUCUAAUCUGUGUCAUUGGUAUGGGCUUGCUUGAAUUUGUCGCUGUUUAUUGGAGUUCGGUGGCAGAGAGAAACAAUCAUGAUUAAAAAUGACUGCCACAAAUCUUCAAGUCUAGUCUAGUCUUGUCUUUUUUCCCCGGAAUAUUUUUGUUUGCUAAUUAAUACGUUUUAUAAUUGGCUUAUAACUGUGAUAUCGC